AUGCGACCCGGCAGCAUCCUCCAAAACUACACCGGCCCCAUGCCCGACCUCGGCGGUCCCCCCAACACAAAUCCCAACCCCCGAGGUUCCGGCAAUCGGCGCCGCUCCUCCAGCACCAUCAAAGCCGUACCCCGCCGCGGACAAACUCUCGCCGACGAGCUCGCCGGUUUUUCCAGCAUAGGGAGUUCACCCGCUUCGUCCCUCUCACAUGCCUCUUCCGAAGACGAAGGAGAAACCGUCCAAAGCAGAACUAUCGCCGAGACACCUCUUCAACGAAAAGCGCGUCUGCAAACCGAGCAAGUUCUCGAAAGACAUAAUAAGUAUCUCAAAGAUCACAAUGUGCGCAGGGAUAUGAUAAUCCAAGCGCCAGCCCCAGAAACGACUCCCGCACCCGCAGCAGCCCCCCUCUCCAAAGCCCAAAAACGACUUUCCCAACCCGGGAUUGCGAAAGCCGCACAGCCAUCUCCAGCAGUCCCUCUAUCCAAAGCUCAAAAACGGGUUUCGCAGCCCGAGAAUACGGGAAACAAGACAAAGUCAUCUCUGGGCGAAUUUAUCUCCAACACUCAGAAGCGAGUUUUCCAGACCGACGACGCGGGAAAUAAGGCGACAGCAUCUCCGAUCAUCCCUCUAUCCAAAGCUGAGAAACGAGCGUCAAAAAAGCCCGAAAAUACCGGAAGCAGGGCAAAGUCCCAUCAGCAAGCUCCGCGAUCUGUCCCUAUGGGCGGUCCACACAUGCCUGUGGAUCAACCAGGACUAGCACCGCGUCGCGUGCCUGCUCCUGUUCAGACGGUAAGACCGCCUCCGCACUCCGAUGGAUUUUUCGCGACCAUUUCGCGAGAAUAUGGAUGGGGUUGGUUGUGGUGGCUUAGUCUUCCACUUGCCGUUCUUCUUGUGUCGUUUUAUGCAAGUCGGUGGGUGCAGGAAAAUCAGCUUGCGAUGGAGACGUUUAAGAGGAAUGCUGAGGAAUCGAUGAAGAGCAAGUUUAAGGUUAAGGCCGAGAUGACGAAUGGGGAUGCAGUGAUUGAGAUUGCCUCUGCUAUUCAUGAUAUUGCGAGUAUAUCAUUGGAUGAGAAAGGAAUUCUUGAGAAAUUAACCGAUAGUCCCUUUAAUCAAGCCGUGCUACCUAUUGAAGCACUCCGAAAAGAAGUUAUAGAGGCCGAAGGAAAAAAAUCUCAACCUCUCCUCUGGAAAAUCGAUAAAUUUGUCGUAAAGAAUCGAGAAGUAGAUCACGCGUGGCGUUCUUUCCUCGAACAACAAAUUGAAGCUACUGCGGAACUUACAGGUAUAUUUGAUGGAUAUGCUAGGAAUGCUGGUUUCGAAGGAGAUCAUCCUGACUGGAUCAGAGCUGCUCAUAACAUCACACAUCAUGACUUCACCGACAUUCCACAAAAAACAUAUCGUGAAGGCGAACAAAUUCUUUGUCAAAUACUCGGGAAGAAAGAUGGUCCCAAAUGUCCUUCAAUCGGGAAAAUGCUUAUAGAAGUUUACAAUGAUCUCAAGCAAGGACUUGAAAAGCCCGGUAUCAAGAUUCCACCAGAAACAUUCAAGACAUAUACAGCAGCGACGGCUGACAUAGCAAAAGCCAUCAAGUCAGUACUUAAGAGAUGGGAAACUGCAGCGGAUAGAAUCGAGGCAGCAAGAUUAUUAUAUAAGGAUGAACAUGCUAUAGGAAAUGUAGAGAAAGUGGAUGAAUCGUUGGAUAAGACCUCAAGAGCUCUAACCGAUGCAAUGUUGAGCCCCGUGGUAGAGCGAGAAGAAAUUCCAUCAUAUCCAACAGCUGUCAGAAGACUGGCAGAGGCGAAAGUUUGGAUAAAGAAGUUACAAUGA